CCUCAUUUUCUCUCCGGGUCCAUGUUGGACUUGAUCUGUUCUGCUGGGUCAUUUCAGGCCACGUCUGCCCGAUCACAGCAGCACACAUUCACAGCACAUGGAUAUUUAAUACAGGAUACAAUUCCGUGUGCCAGCUUCGAGAUUUUCAUGUUGGGAGGGAUCUGUACACCUCAGCCCUGGCAGGAGUAAUCACUGCCACAUUUAUCUGCUGCUGUGUGGUGAGUGUACUGGUGCACUAUGGCUGCCGUCACAUCUUCCAGGUGGAUGCUACACUCAAAGUGCUUUACACAGUGAACAGCCUCGAGUGUUGCGAUCACCUCGGAGACGACUCAGAUAUCACACAGAGCAAGAUAUCAGCGAGACUGCGGAUGCCACAAGAAUGAAGUUUAAUGCCUAAGAUACAGCAGUAUGUCAGAGCAAGCAGACAAAUGCACCCCCAGCUGGAAAGAUGAGUCUAUGCAAAAUGGGUACAUACCAAGUUACCUGGACAAGGAUGAGCUGUGUGUUGUGUGUGGGGACAAAGCAACUGGUUAUCAUUAUCGUUGCAUUACCUGUGAGGGCUGCAAAGGUUUUUUCCGGCGCACGAUCCAGAAGAACUUAAACCCGACAUACGCGUGUAAGUACGAGGGGAAGUGCGUCAUCGACAAAGUCACCCGAAACCAGUGCCAGGAAUGUCGCUUCAAGAAAUGCAUCGCUGUCGGCAUGGCAACAGACUUGGUGUUGGAUGACAGCAAGCGGCUGGCCAAGCGGAAGCUGAUCGAGGAGAACCGCGAGCGACGAAAGCGCGAGGAGCUGCAGAAGACGGUCUGGGAUCGGCCGGAGCCCACGCAGGAGGAGUGGGAGAUGAUCCGCGUCGUCACAGAGGCGCACAUGGCCACGAACGCCCAGGGCAACCACUGGAAACAGAAGCGCAAAUUCCUGAGUGCAGUGGGGGUGAAGGAAGCCAAGCCGGAGGACAUCGGUUCAGCGCCCAUCGUCAACGCCCCAGAGGGAAGCAAAGUGGACAUAGAAGCCUUCAGUCAGUUUACAAAAAUUAUCACCCCCGCUAUCACUCGUGUUGUGGAUUUUGCCAAAAAGCUGCCCAUGUUCUGUGAGCUGCCCUGUGAAGACCAGAUCAUCUUGCUGAAGGGUUGCUGUAUGGAGAUAAUGUCUCUACGAGCAGCCGUACGUUACGAUCCCGAGAGCGAGACCCUGACUCUAAACGGAGAGAUGGCUGUCACGCGGGGGCAGCUCAAGAACGGGGGUCUGGGUGUGGUCUCGGAUGCCAUAUUUGAUCUGGGCGUCUCGUUGUCCUCCUUCAACCUGGAUGAUUCGGAGGUGGCAUUACUGCAAGCCAUUAUUCUCCUCUCAUCCGAUCGUCCAGGUUUAACGAGCGUGGACCGGAUCGAGCGCUGUCAGGAGGAGUUCCUCUUGGCCUUUGAACAUUACAUCAACUACCGGAAGCACAAGGUGGCUCACUUCUGGCCCAAGCUUCUGAUGAAGGUGACGGACCUGCGCAUGAUUGGUGCCUGCCAUGCCAGCCGGUUCCUGCAUAUGAAGGUGGAGUGUCCCACGGAGCUGUUUCCACCCCUCUUUCUGGAAGUGUUCGAAGACUGAUGGCCAACCAAUGAGGCCAAGCUGCUCCGUCAACACCAACCUCAACAGAUCCGACCUCCCAUCGAACUCUGUCGCCCUGUUCCUGGUCACAUCUGUUCUAGCACUACUGAGCGUUGUUUCAUUCCAUAAUUUUAAGAGUAGCUCUCUGGCCUCAUUUGAACGCAACCAUUCCUUUUACAAAGCGGGUACAUGUGAAUAGCAUUUCUUUUUUAAAUGUUUGGUUUCUCUAGAUUUGUAUUGUUUUUUUUUUUUUCAAUGUAAAAUAGUUUUAUUUGUGAUCAUGGUCUUGUGUGCGGCUUCUCUAAGAUGUAUGAACUAUGCAUUGGUAGGGUUUAAUGUCAAGUAGAAAUCAGUGUCACAUCUGGCCUCUGAAAAAAACAACAAAGAACACACUAAAUAGCACACUGCAAAGGAGGAAAGCAAUACUCCUCUUUUCUUCAACGUUCACUUCCCUUAUCUGUGGGUCUAAUGGUCUUUUCAUCUGCCAAGAUAAAGAAAAUCAGUGGAGUAGGAACCAUUUGAAAAGUGGGGGGCACAUAUUUCAGGGUACCCACAUUCAUGGAGAACCUGGAAAUAAUAGGAAAUAACCAUUUAAAAAUGGUAAUUUCCAUGCCUGGACAUGUUCAUUUUUGGUUAUGGUCUGUUCUAAAAUAUUUAAUUGGCUAGAAAUUGUUCUUCGUGAGUGCAAAUUAUACAGAAUAAAAAUAAAUACAAAAUUAAAUCAUGUCAUGAAAGACUGGAAAAGACCUCACUGGUCAAAAGAGGUGGGAACCCUGAUAUAAAAGCCUAAGUGCUGAUUAUUCCAAAACCUAGUGAGCUGCCUACAUAGACUAGGUCUUUUUAAAACACCUGUAGGACAAAACAAAAUCACAAAUGAGAUCUUUUUAAUGCCUCCAUUGUUUCCCCUAGAUUGCAAUGAAAUCAGAUGGAAAGCUAAUAGAGACUUGCUGAAGUCUCCUGCUUUUCAGAGUAAUCCUGUAUAUAUAUAUCCACUGGAGUUUCAGAACAUUGUCUCACACUGUGCCCAGAUAUGCAGUCUGCAAACAAAAUACAUCGCCAUUAACUUUAAAGCUCAAUUAAAUCAAAUUUGUGGCUCAUUUUAUGUCUCCUUUACCAUUUUUAGGAUUAACGUUGGAGACAAAGUUGAUACUAAAUGAAACAUACAGCAUACUUAAUACUUAAACAAUUUAAUAAGAACUCCAGCGAGGCAGCGAGGUAGGUUUUGGAACAGAGCUAUAUUCCCAAAAAGUGGCGGGAACGAACAUAUGCAUUUCUAAAUGGCAUGACAUCAGCUAAAAUCAUAGUUCUUUAUCACUAAACCUAAAUGGCAAGCAGAUCUUCACAAUGCAGCAGCACACACAGAUGGGCACUGCCAGGAAUACACAGAAUAAGAGCACACAAAGGGCUUGAUGACCUCGAAAGAUGAUCUUCACAGACUUUAGCCCUUGUGGAACCUGUUAAGAAAGUGAAAGUUGGCAGAAACACACACUAGAGCACACUUGAGGCCCUACAGCCACUAAUGUUAGCUCAUGAUGUGUCUAUUAAGGGGCCAAAAAAUGUCCUUACAAACAUCUUACCCUUUCUGAACCUGCAUUGGGCUGCUCUGAAGAAUCUUAGGUCAUGAUUUUGUACCCUGACACUAGUUGAACCGCUGACCUGCCCGGCGGUCUUUGUGUCUCAGAUUUCAAAGGAACACUGUUGAGGUUAAUUUUUCUGCAUGUCUGUCACACGACAGAUCCAAGGCAUGUGAACUUCUGCUUGAACUUGUUGGUGCUAUGUGUUUGCCGAAUUAUACCUCCGUCAGUGCUGUCAGUUAAACUCAGAACUGAACACACAACACACAUACUCUCAUUCACACACACACACACAUACACAAGGUCAGUGGUCACCCCUGCAUUCUGUGACGUCGGAUGUGUCUGUGAUGCCGUUUUAACUGUUUCAUUUCAGUUCUGGUUUUCUUGUCGAGUUUUUAAUCUUUCAUCCUCGUGUGCUGCAAAAGAGUUUGAAUCUCACAUACCUCUACUGAUUGUCAGGAAGCAACAGAACUGGUUAUUUUCUUUUUAUUGAAAGAUUACAUGAACAUUUAGACUCACACUUCGCAGCACAACCAAUCAGUGUUUUGUUAUAGUGAUGCCUCCAGUGCUUUUACAUGUUUUGGAUUGCACAUAUAAGCACAUACACGUCAGCGUAGAUAUUACACAGACUCAAAGUUAAUGCACAGACAAUCAAUGAGUGAGCAGAGAGAGGGAGAGAGACAUGUAGAGGGGUGAAAGGUCAUAGCCAGGGUCCAAAACUAACCCUUGCCCAGCGCCAAAUGCGAGAAGUCGAUAAAACUCGGCAGCUGAAUGAGAACUUUAUUAGCAUCUGCAACAUCGCAUGGCUAAAGUCGAAUUGAUAAUGCAAAUAAAAUAUCCGAAAUAAUAAAAACGUAUUCGCUCACUUGACGCGGGUAUUUUUUUUUAUUCGAUAAGAAGACAUGGGCAUAAACUACAAUGGAAGCACUUUUACUUAAAAUAUUCCUAUGGAAUUGAUAUAGAAAUUUAGAUGUGCAUCAAAUAAUGUGACCUAUCUUCAACUAGCCAUGUGAAUACACCAUUUGCUCAGAGAAUAUAAUUCAUGUAAAUCAUCUGAAAUGUUAUUCUGAAAUGCCCAAGUCAUCAAAAUGAUUGUCUAUUAUUACCUCCCAGAACUGUGACACGCUUCCGCUGCCAGACAUAAGGCAGCCGCAGCUGAACGCUAGCAAACAUGAAAUUCGCCAGAGAGUUUUUCUGUGAGCUUUAAACCGCAAGUCAUUUAUUACAUUUAAAUAAAGAUCCUCAGUGACUUCAACUUUUGGGCUAAUUUCUAAAGAAGAGGGGAUUUUGUUCUCUGUGAUGCAUGGGAUGGAAACUCCGCUUUAUUUGGAAAUGGUUUUUUGCGAUAUUCCAAUUUUGAACAAAAUCUUAAAUUCGUAACCUGGAUGGAAAAUGACUACCGAUGUAAGUGACAUGAGCUAAUCAAAUCAAAGGCCAGAAGCAGAUGCAGAUGUGAAUGCUUGGGCAACACAUCGCAUGUGUGCGGCUCUCUUGUCCAGAAUGUGGCAGCAGGGCCAGAACGUAAAGAGUGAUGGGCAUUUCCUUUUUCUUAGGGGGGGGCACACUUCUUUAUGAUCUGAGAUACAGAGAUAGACCAAAAACCUUUCAACACCACAAUACAAGACAACUCACUCAGUAGUUAGAAUCGAAAUAGACCACGUUUUACAAUAAAACAUCUGUUAACACCAAAAUGUCAUAGAAAUAAAACUCCAGUGUUUUCACUCGCAUCUGCGUAUAUUCUUAUUUUGUAAUGUGAUGUUUAAAGUGCUAAAAAUUGUCAAAACAUGUUUGGCUCUACGGUGCUGAUACUUCACAUAGACUCGAUAUGACCAUUUUUAUUGACAGUGCCUCAUCUGAGUGGGUAGAAGCAAUGAUCCGUGGUUAGUUACGUUGAUAUCAUUAACUACUUUAACUACUUUGAGUUGUUUUGACAGCCAUCAACUGCACAAGUUGAACCUGAAAUUCAUUUUUACCACAAAAAAAAAAAUAGAAAAAAUGUAAAUGGUUUUUGUUCUCUGUCUGGAUCGCUUGUUUCGGUACUUUAUACAUUGCGUCUUGAGACCAGAAACAGAAAACAGGCAAUUAGAUUCAUCAUGGCGCCACCCAGUGGUUGCUCAAGAAAACUGUCGAUAAAAACGUCACCAGUUACAACACUAUUGUUAGUUAUCGCGAGCAUGCCCACCUGCUGCUCUGUCGAUGACGAGGACUGUGUCUCGCUAGCCCCAUUCCUUCCACCUAUCAUCUCGCUAAUAUCUCCACUCUGUUGAUGGUGGUCUCUUUAAACCUCUUUCUUAAAACAAAUCUAAAUCGUUACACAGCACUGCCAAAAUGAUUAUUGGAAGACCUGCUGUUGUUGAUUACGAUUGGCUGUUCUAUUCGAAUAAUUAAUGAGGUAGGUCUAUGCAAUUUUGAGUACUAUUUGGGGAUGCUAUUAUUUGUAAUUCGUAAGUACUUUGGGGUUACAAUUCUGUUUCAAGUUACGUUUAGUGUUAAUAUGCAGUUUUAUGUUAAAUGACAAUGUGUGAUUUUAAGUUACCCUUUUGGAGCUCAGUGUUCCAUUGAGUUAGACGUGAUACAGUUGUAGAAAAACGAAUGCCUAAUGUACAAAUGCUUGCAUGAUUAUACCAAGAGAGGAUAUUGUUUUCAUAGGUUUAUGUACUUAUUUGUCAUUACUUGCUUUAGUAAGGCACAGUGUGUCAUUUGGCGGGCACUGCCCCCUAAUGCACGCCCUUGGCAAUGGGCCUGUGUGGCAGUACCAAACCUCGAUACUCAAGGGGGGCGAUAGAGCGACCUUCAAAUGUCAUGGCCAUUAAACUAAAUGUGUUACUAUUCAGGUAGCUAGCUAUAAACGUGUCGAGAGUUUCACUAGCUUCAACUAACUUGCUCUGCAAGAUUCUCUUAAACUUUUGCUUCGCCAUAACAGUCGCUGAAAGAGUAAACUGGCCGUAGACGAAGAUUAGCUUGCGCUAAUGCCUGCUGUAACAACCCUAGCGGCAAUGCUAAAAAUGCAGCUUGCAUGGUGUUAUGAAUUGCGCUAACACAUUUAUACUUCAAUAAAUAUAUACUUAUGUAUAUUGCAUAUAGUAUAUUUCAGGCCAAAGACACACAAACUGUCUCGAGUCUUCUAAUGACUUUUACCUCUGUGGAAAUUCUAUCAUCGUAAGUUUGUCUGGGAUGUCAAUAAUAUGCAAGAAAAAAACCCAGCUUAAAUCCAUUGUCAUAAGGACAAAAAACAAUUCUGCGAUAUACAGUUUCAUUGCCACUAAUCAAUAUUAAUGGCCUGUAAGUUUUCUUAAAUGGCAAAAAGUUAGUUGUGGACCCUGACCAUAGUUAGAUUAACAUGUGCUUGCACAGUACGCUUGAGUCAAUACUGUUUCCUCUCUGACAGUGCAAGUGAAGACUAAACACAAACACUCACUUCAGAAUAAAGAUAUUUACAGUGUAAAAGAAAGAGGCUGUAUUUUUUCAGACUGCAGAUAUUUUUUAUAGAUGUUAUAUACACAAUAUGAACGUUUUACAUUUUGACAUACACCACAAGGAAACAAAAGACUUUUCUCAGAAAAACGAAAUGACUCAGCUGUUUUUAACAAUCCUGGUUCACUUGUAAUCUUUCUCCAGUGUUCGUUUCAUCAUUCCAAAUUCAGUGUUCAUGUUAAUGACAACUAAUGUAUAUUGUACUAUCUAUCUACUAAACUAAUAAUUUAAAAGACAAAGUCCAGCACUUAAAACACAUUUUAGGAAAAAUGGAAAGCAGUCCUCAGUGGUCGUCAUCAUAUAUAUAAAGCUCAUAGUCCCAGAGCCAGCCAGAUCUUAUCAGAAUAAACUUCUAGAAACUAUCACUGCAGUAAUUCUGUUUUUAUGUGUCUUGCUGUUAGUUAACAAUAUGGUUAACACGUCCACAGUAUGCUGUUGGCAUGAGUGAGUGAACAUAGAUUGAAUGCGAAUCAGAUAUCUAACAGUAUAGACAAAUGUAUUUCUCUUUUUAUAUUUUUUUUUUUUUUUUUAUUUUUUACCAAAAUGAACGUAUUGCACAAGCCUUGAACUGAACUCUUUAGAUGAUGAUGUGAUUUGAGUGUCCUGGAAGAGACGUUGCACUACUAGAAAAUAAUCCCAAAUUUGGCAAAAGAUGAUGAUGAUGAUGAUGAUGAUGGUGGUUAAGAUAAUGUUGACUAUUGCACCUAAAAUGAGCUGGGUAAAAUGAGAAUAAAGAUGGUUUUGAAAUGUC